CCCACAUGCGCUUGCAAGCGGCCAGGGCUCCCGUCUGCCCGGCUCCGGAUUAACGCACCUAGGGACGCCCCAGCCCCACGCGAGACCGAAAAGCGCCCGCGGGCCACGCGAGCAUGGGACGGGCAGGGGUCGCCGCCUCGCUGCUGGCUCUGGGGUUCCUCGCCCUGCGUGGGCUCGCCGCGAGCUCCGCAGAGGAGAAAUGCGGCAAGACAGAGUUCCAGUGCCAGGACGGCGAGUGCAUCCCCUCCAAGUGGGUGUGUGACGGCAGUCCGGAAUGCAAGGACGAGUCCGACGAGUGGCAGGAGACCUGCAAGUUGGUGACGUGCAAGUCGGAGGAGUUCAGCUGUGGGGGCCGCGUUAACCGGUGCAUCCCGGCCUCCUGGAGGUGCGACACCAAGGCAGAUUGCGAGAACGGCUCAGACGAGCGGGAUUGUGCACCGAAGAGCUGCAUGGACGACCAGUUCCAGUGCCACAACGGGCAGUGCGUCUCCUUGGCCUUUGUCUGCGACGAGGACCACGACUGCGAGGACGGGAGUGACGAGGCCGACUGCCCUGCCCCGACCUGCAACCCCAACAUGUUCCAGUGCAACAGCUCCCUCUGCAUCCCCAAGCUCUGGGCCUGUGACGACGACCCCGACUGCCCGGACGGCUCCGACGAGUGGCCCCAGAAUUGCGGCGGGCGGACGGCCCCCGCCCCCGGGCCCUGCUCGCCGCUGGAGUUCCACUGCGGCUCCGGGGAGUGCAUCCACGCGCAGUGGCGCUGCGACGGGGGCCUGGACUGCCGGGAUCGCUCGGACGAGGAGAACUGUGCGAAGCCCACAUGCCGCCCGGACGAGUUUCAGUGCAACGACGGGGCCUGUGUGCACGGCAGCCGGCAGUGCGACCAGGAGUACGACUGCAAAGACCUGAGCGACGAGGUCGGCUGCAAGAACGUGACUGCCUGCGAAGGGCCUGACAAGUUUAAGUGCCGCUCUGGGGAGUGCAUCCCUCUGGACAAAGUGUGCAACCGACAGCGGGACUGCAGGGACUGGUCCGACGAGCCCAUCAAGGAGUGUGAUACAAACGAGUGCCUGGCCAACAAAGGCGGCUGUUCCCACAUAUGCAAAGAUCUCAAACUUGGCUACGAGUGCCUGUGUCCUGAGGGCUACCAGCUGGUUGGCCAGAAGAAAUGUGAAGAUAUUGACGAGUGUCUGAGCCCCGAUACGUGUAGCCAGAUCUGCGUGAACCUGGAGGGAAGCUACAAGUGUGAAUGUAACGAAGGCUACCAGCUUGACCUCACUACCAAAACCUGCAAAGCCAUCGGCACCAUCGCGUACCUGUUCUUCACCAACCGCAACGAAGUGAGGCGCAUGACGCUGGAUCGCAGCGACUACGGCAGCCUCAUCUCCCACCUGAAGCACGUGGUGGCCCUGGACCUGGAAAUUGCCCAGCGCAAAAUCUACUGGUCUGACCUGUCUCAGAAGAAAAUCUACAGCACCCGGCUAGACCAGGCUGACAACGCCACCCAGCACACUGCUGUGAUCAGCACUGGCCUCCGAGCCCCCGACGGCAUCGCUGUCGACUGGGUCUACGGGAACAUCUACUGGACGGACUCGGCGCUGGGCACCGUCUCCGUGGCCGACAGGGAGGGCGCCAAGAGGAAGACCCUGAUCGAGGAGCCCAGCUCCAAGCCACGUGCCAUCGUGGUGGACCCCAGCCACGGCUUCAUGUACUGGACGGACUGGGGGAGCUCUGCCAAGAUUGCCAAGAGCGGGCUGAAUGGUGUGGACAGCUUCCCCCUGGUGCAAGACGGCAUCGAGUGGCCGAAUGGAAUAACUCUAGAUCUGGUAAACCAGCGCCUCUACUGGGUGGACUCCAAGCUGCACUCGAUCUCCAGCGUGGGCGUCGACGGGGGCAGCAGGAAAACCAUCCUUGAGGACCAGGAGAGACUGGCUCACCCUUUUGCGGUCACCGUCUUUGAGGAUAAAGUGUUCUGGACGGAUAUCCUCAAUGAAGCCAUCUUCAGCGCCAACCGCCUGACCGGCACCAAUGUCACCCUGGUGGCGGAAGACUUGUUUUCCCCAGAAGAUAUUGUCCUGUAUCACAACCUGCGGCAGCCGGCAGGCAUCAACUGGUGCGAGAACCACCCUCUCCCGAAUGGCGGCUGCGAGUACCUGUGCCUCCCUGCCCCCCAGAUCACACGCCACUCACCCAAGUACACCUGUGCCUGCCCCGAUGGCCUGCACCUCGCUGCGGACAUGAGGAGCUGCUCCAAAGAUCCGGAAGUCCCCACCGCCGCCAGCACCACGCCUCUGGCCCGGCUGCUCACCACGACCAGUGCACUGAAGCAGACAGCAAGGCCACCGGCUGCCACGGCUGGGGUGCUGAGCACCCAUGCUGGGGAUGGCCUCGACCUGACCACGUCAGAGAUGGUCACUCUAUCCCAGCAGGCUCGCAAUGAUGUUGCUGCUGAGACCAACCAGGACAAGCACAGCGGCCGCACUGCGCUCUCCGUUGUCUUGCCGCUGGUGCUCAUUAGCUUAAUCGCCUUUGGUGCUUUCCUGGUGUGGAAGAACUGGCGCCUCAAGAACAUCAACAGCAUCAACUUUGACAACCCCGUCUAUCAGAAAACGACGGAGGACGAGGUUCACAUCUGUCGGAGCCAGGACGGAUACACGUACCCAUCGAGACAGAUCGUCAGCUUGGAAGACGACGUAGCGUGAACCUGGGACGUGCCUCCUGCCAGACUUUGCUGCUCGUUUCACGGGAGGGAGUGACGCACUACGUCUUUCUCCUCCCUGACUUUUUCUUUGAUUCUUUAACGACCGUCCAACCCGCCCGCAGCGCCGCGCCACUUCCUGAGUAACUUGAUGGGCCUGCGCUGCUUGUCCCCAACACACUGUUCGCUUGGCUCUCGGGGGAGGAGAUGCAUCUGGUUUGACUCCUGGGUUUUUUAUGUUUUAUAUAUUUAAUACUUUUUGUAUCAGAUGCAGUUGAUUUCUCCCCCGCCCCCCGGGGAUGUACCUGCUGGUUUUCUUCCAUUUGAUCUGGGACAGGAGGAGAACUUUUUCUUACGUGUGAAGGAGAAAAGAAAUCGGGUGGGUGGAAAGAAACACGACUUCUCUGGAUGUAAGCUGGGAGUCCCCACGCCUGCAGCUGGUCAGCUUCACUAAAGGACUAACGGCAGGGAGGAAGGAUGAAGCCAGAUCUGUAUCAGGGACUUAAAAACCAAACUGGUGCUGCCAUCCCGUCUGUACUCGGUGUAUGUCUGCGUGCGCCCCCUCUGGGGGAUGGAUGUUUGCUUAGAUCUGGAAUCCCGCCCCCCACCUGACACACACGUGCCAUGUCCCUAUCCUGCUUGAAGAAAAGUCUUCAGACUCUUUCUCCCCCCGCCCCCCGGACAGAUAAGGCACGACCCAGGUGCUUCUCUCGGUCGGUGACGCUGGCAUCGCUUGUGCUGAACAGGAUGGCUCCUCAGAGAUGGGCCGAUUGGUGCAGUCGCCCUUCGCCGAUUGUCAUCUCCGGGUUCCAAUGCUGCAACUUCUCCCUCACCCACCUUGCACUUUUUUGGGCCCUUUUCAGGGGGGUUGUGUAUUUUUGGUAACUUUUUUGCAUGGUCUUUCACUUUUUUCCCUCCCUGCCACCCUCUUGCGCUGCAGGGUUGGUGGAACGUGGGGGCUGCAGGGAAGAAAUCCAGGUCAGGCUCGAAGAGGCCUCGUUGCAUUGGCCUCUGUGUGUCUGGCUGGGAGGGAAAAGAGGAACGGCCUGUGCUGGCUGGGGCAGGAGGAAACCUGCGCCAGGAGCGUGUCCUGACUCGUUUUACUGUUUACAGUUGCCACAUGCCUUAGCACUUUGAGUCUUGAUAAGUCUAAGCCGGCUUGCGCCCCCCCCCCCCAUUCUGCUUAGUCUGAAUCCCUUUUACAGCCCCCCCCCCCCCCCCCCGAAACUGGCUUUUUUAUUUAAAAUACAAACAAAAAGUGCAGGACUCGAGUCAGCUUGAUUCUGCACCCUACCAAAAAUACCCAGAAUGCAAAGUCUCCUAAGCCUUCAUGAGCGAUGGAGCUUUUUGCUCCCCGUGCUCUAGCACGUGCUUGAGUUACUGGCAUUCCCUAUGCGCGUAUAUGGACCGAUAGCCUGGUCCUGCACUGGGGCGACUUUGCUCGCUAACGUUUGCAGGAUCAGGGCUUAGAUGUGGCCUUUCUGAUCGGAGUCAGUCCCGUCCCCAUUCAGUCUGCGGGGGGGGAUUCUGCACGGAUGAGUUGUAAUGAUAAAACUGCAGGGAAGCCGGCGUAAUGUUACGAGAUCUAAAGGUUAAAGUUCACAAAGGGACAACUCUUUCCGCCUUGGCGUAGCUGUCCCUCGGGCCGGGGAACAGGGCUACAGACCAGUGCAAAGAACUCGCCUUUUUGGCCUGAAGCUGUGACAGAUUCAACUUCUUUCUUAUUUUGAAGGGUGUAAAUAGCCGUGUACAGCUUAUAUAUAGUAUCUGUUGCCACACACCAUGGCCUGUGUGUGUGUGUUUGUAUAUGUUUGGUUGGAGCCGUUUCCUGUAUGUAAAAUAUGAUUUAUUUAUUUUCUUGUUUUCAUGGUUGCUGAGUUAAUUCCAUCCUUCAUCCCCUCUUUCUAUUUUGUUUUUUGGGGGAAGUUGUGGGGGAGGGUGUCUCCACCUGCCAUCAAAUCUUUCGCUGUCUAAAGGGACGUUUGCACUACUGACCGGACUCCAUGCCACAACCAGCGCCUACUGGGGGAAAAGUGUCAUCUACAGUCGAUAAAUGUCACAGAUUUUUUUUUAAAUCUUAAGUGUUUAAAAUUUCUAGUCUAAUAUGAUCAAUUAAAUUUUUGGAAUGGAAACGA